ACUGGAUACCUGUUAACCUACUUGGGUCAGUCUUUGAGCCACUUUGGCCGAAGCACAUUGUCUUCAUCUAUCUGACAUCUACUCCUGCUCUCGACAAUCGUUUGACAUCCAGGACUACCUCAAUGGAUUGACAUGACCGAUAUCACCACAAUUAUUUUGACUCACUGGUUUAAAUUGACCGCCUCAGCGACAACCAGCGACAGCAACAAAGGAUUUAUAUUUUUAACAACAAUUGUUAAUGUUAAAUUAAACGUUGACUCAAAAGUGACGUGAAAGUCAUGUGUACGUGCUCAGUGACAUCGGUACAUGUGUGAUAUACAACACGCGAGCAUGAGUUCAAGGAACCUUAUUAUAUACUCAUGCAUUCAAAUUACUGUUAAUAAAUUUAUUGCCCGCGAAUUUAUUUAUAUUUAAAUAGCAACCACGUGGAUUCUAAAAUGAAGGGAUGGUUCGAUGCAUUUCGCAAUGACGGCGGACCGACGUUAUACAGUUACAGUAAUCGUACUCCAGUUACUGGGGACGUCAAUUUGAUAACAAUAUUUGUCAUUUUUAUAACAAUAUUCGCAGCAUUUCUUAUUAUUUUUCCAGGAAUUCGCAAAGAAAGAAUAACGACAUUUCUGACGGUAACUCUCAGUCUCUUCGUAGGAACGAGUAUUCAAGUUGCACAAUAUGGCUCCACCUGGCACACGACCUCGUCCUCGAUCCUCAGCAGCUACAGCGUCUUCUCCAGGUACCGGACACCUGCUGAAAUAGGAGGAUACAUUGGACUUAUGCACAUAAAUAUCACGUAUAGCUUAAUUAAUUACACGGAUGCCGACGUGAUCGGCGAUGUCGAGUACAACGAGAGAUUUUGGUGGAGAAGUCCCACGGAAAUGAGCGAGUCAUUUCGCGAGGCCCUUUAUCGCGGGGCUCCGUUCCCGAUUAUCUCGUUGGCGGAAUACUUUAGUCUUCACCAGGAAGGUUUUUCCUGGGGUGUUAAAUACCGGGAAGCUGGACACUAUGCGUCAAUAAUGCUGUGGACUUGUUUCGCCGCGUGGCUGCUGAUGAAUUUGCUACUGGUUGUUGUACCCAGGUACGGAGCGUACAGUAUGAUAUUCACUGGCGUACUUAUGCUCUUUACGAAUUUAAUUUACUGGUCGUUGCUACCCUGCGAGCCACUGAUUGCUCAUGUUGAUGGAUCGGUACUUGUUUUUAAUUUCGGGUGGAAUUAUUGGCUUGUCCUUGUCGCUGGAUCAAGCUGUCUGCUCAGUGGAAUAAUUAUAACAAUAAUUGACCUAAUUUUUCCCCAUCAGUUUUCGACGAUCCUUGAAGUUGAUUAUGACACUCCUUAUGAUAGGCAUGUUAUUAUUGAGGAAAGUUUCGAUACGAGGAAUGUACCGCAAAAAUUGCCGAGAAUUAGAGAGGGUCUUUAUGAUCCAAGGAUUGUGAGUCAAUUACCAGCCAAAGGAGGUGAUAAAAAACUCCACGAAGGCAUCGUAAAUCGUGGGUAUGUUUCCCACGAGUCCUCGUCAGAUUUGCAUCGCGACGCAGAAUCAAACAAGGCCAACUGGUCUUAUCCGUUUCCACCAAUUUCACGGAGAAUAAUCAACUGAGCUCAACAAAGUAUUUGUUAUUAUCAUCAAUUAAAUAGUCAAUUUACUUAGACAACAAUAACUAAUUAUAAAUAUUAAUUAUAAUAGAUAAUUUAAAUCCUAGUAUUAAUAAUUGAAAUAAAAAUAAAAUUUAUAUUAAAGAUCAUAAAUUAUUUAUUUAAAU